AUGUACCAAGGCAUGCGUGAGACCAACAACCCGGAGCUUGAUGGCGAGCCCCUCGAGGACGGUGAUAUCUCGAUGACCCAGAUAUAUCCUGACGAUAACCUGGCGGAUAUCCCGUUGACCCAGCCAGAGAAGGACCUGGCUAUCGAAGAGCUGCUGAACGAGUUCGUGGACGUGAUUUCAGAUGACGAGCCACACCCUGCUCCACCUUUCCGGCCCGUUCCCACCCCUGUACGCCAUGGCUCGGCCAUGGACACUGCAGACACCUUGUUGACAUGCUAUGAUUCUGAAGAGGAGAAUCUUCUUGUUGCAGGGAAGCCGCUGGUUGACCCGGCCUCGUUCGAGUACUUGCCAGAUUCACAGGAGACGUUGACUUUGGGAUCGCCUGCCUAUGUUGAAGGUGAGACAAAUGAGGCAGUAACGCCGGCUGAGGUACUGCCGUGGACGUCUGUGGUGCCUACUGCGACUGGCCCCGUUGAGAUGCCCCGUGAGCUGCCUGAGCUGCAAGCCAUCUGGGCGGUGGAUGAUCGUGGCGUUUGCCACGCUGUGGUUGUGCAGCACAAGGAGAUAGCAAGCCCAUCUCACGUGGACGAGCCUGUUGCAGAGGACUUGGGUCUGGCCACGUUCCCUCCUGGGAAGACGCCUUCUCCCGUGGAAACGCCUCCUCCCGUGGACAUGCUCGCGCAGGACACCUUGUUCAGCGGUGGCACGCUUCCAGACGGACUUCCAGAUUUUGUGUACAAGGCCCCUGCCGAGCUUGCGCAGGCAACGUACACUGAUCAGAUUAAGCCCCGCAAGAAGCCUCGGAAGCAAGCGUUUGUGGAGCAGCUCAACCGUGAUGCUGAGCCGGACCUGGCGGAUAUGCAGGCUGAGGAGGCUGCAAGUCAGCAGCCGGAGCAUGGGGAGCAGAAGCAGACCGUGCCGAGCAAGUCGAGCGCACCAAAGGCAGCGCUGAAGUCCAAGAAGAAGCGCAAGGCUGUGGAAGUGGCUGCGGAAGCUGUGGAGAUUGCUGCCCCAGCGCAGCAGGCAAGUCCAGUGGACUUCGCGGUGUUGACGGACGAUGACGAGGUCACGAAGAUGAUGGUUAUGGACCUUGCUGAGCUGCAGGGCAAGUAUCAGACGAUGGUCGCUGAUGAUUGGUGUAAGGUCAACAACGUCUACAGCAGUGCCUACAGGAAGGCAACCAAGGCAGGCCUAACAAAGAACCAAGCGCAACUUCGAGGCCGAGUGUCCACCACCAUUUUCCGCAAGGAGAAUGCCCGAGUGUACGUGGCAAAGCUUGCUGGCCCCUUCACGAAGCCCAACAAGAAAAAGAAGGUGCAUGCUGAGAAUCAGCCCGCGGACAUCCCUGCCAACAUGGAUGCGAACG